CUCCUACAACCCCUCUCUCUCUCUCUCUAACAGUACGUAUUUAGCAUAAUCAUACUCCUAUAACUCCUCUCUCUUUCUCUCUUCGUUCGUGAUGUAUUACUUUGAAAUACUCUAUCCUAAUCUUGACAAAGGAUGUCUAUUUGAUCGAUCUGAUGCCCGUAAGCAAACUAUGGAUCUCGUGGUGCAAUUUAGAACACAAGACACAGCUUUAUGAUAGAGAGAAUAAUUCUCUCCAUCAUCACCUCCCGUAAUCAUCAUGUUUGAGUAACAAAAAGGAGGAGAGGACUCAGAAUCCACCCAUCUCUCACUCCGACAUCAUUUUGUCACUGUAUCGUCUUUCUAAUCCUUGAUCUAAGCAUACUGCUCAUGUCAGUGAAAGAGUCCUGCAGUCCUGGGAACAUCAUCGCUUUCCGGUUUGCCUCAACUCUCGAGGAACAUGACAAGAGACAAGAUGCCCACUGUCCCCAGCCUUGUUCCUCCAAAACCCUAACCCAUCAUGUCUUAUGAUCACUUACUGUUGGACUAGGAUUACUAUGGACAUGAUUGGUGCUUCCUAUCCCAAUAAUUUCUACUGCCUACUUAGCCUUGACUACAUAUCUACUAUGUUCAUUUCUUGAGUCAUGAAAAUAAUCUAAUAUAUUCAUUUCAUGAGUUACGAAUAUAUCAUAUAUAGUCGUGGGAGCUUCGAGUCUGAAUUGAGCGAGUGUCGAUGUUAUUUGCUGCAUGAGAAGCUGCUUUGUCACUUUCCACUUCUCAAAAACCUCUUGGGUUUGCUUACAGACAAAUCCAGCCAUGUAGCAGCUGCUUUAUCCUCCCCUCCUCUUCCCCUAUAUAAUCCCCUAACACUCAUCAUCUGGUUUUCUUCUGCAAGUACUAACAUGAUCCAAGAGAGGUUGGGUGGGGUGGUGGAGGAGAAGAACAUCUCCCACCCCGGAGGCCUUCUGAUCGAUCACUCCUCCUCGUCUUCCCCCACUUCUUCUGUUUCCUCUCAGUCGCAGUCAUCAUCCUCAUCGUCGCUGUCGUCGGCCGCUUCGGAGCAGCAGCAGCAGCAGCAGCAGAACAACCUCCGUUGUCCGCGGUGCGAUUCCACCAACACCAAGUUCUGCUACUACAACAACUACAACCUCGCCCAGCCGCGCCACUUCUGCAAGACCUGCCGCCGGUACUGGACCAAGGGUGGUGCGCUCCGCAACGUCCCCAUCGGCGGUGGCUGCCGCAAGAGCAAGGUGGCGCCCGCCAUCGCCCUGGCCGGGGGUUACGGUCGGUCAGGCGCCACCAAGACGAAGCCGGCGCCGUCGGACCUCUUCCUGAGGUCAAACCUGACCUCUGGUCUGGAUAACGAGCUGCCAUCCGGCCCGAUACUGUGCGCUCCCCCACAUACUUCCCACCUGAUGACCCUUUUCAGGUCCACCACCGUCCAAAACCCCAACCCUAACCUCAAUUCUGCAACCCAUAGGGCCUUGUUUGGUGCCACCACAGUGGCCGAGCAAGAAGGCACACUGCAUGCACACAGCCUGAGCUUGGACCCUUUAAGUCAUCUCGGUUUAUGUGCUUCACUGUGCAGGAACAACAACAGCUACUCAUACCAGCAACAGCCACAGCAGCAGCAGCAGCAGCAGCCUCAGCAAAACAACAACAACACAGAUAUCCAAGAUCUGUGCCACAGGCUAAAAUCCUCGUCUAGUUGCUAUAACGAUCAGUUGCAGACAGUAGCGAACGACGUCGGCAGCUUCGAUCCUUCUUCUUGUUCCACUGCUGCUUCUGUGAUUACCGCGGCUAGCAUGGCCACGAGUUCUCCAACUCCUAUCAUGGAGCACAUCAGACACUCUCUCGGCGAAUUUGGUCACUGGAAUCAGGCUUUGGCGUGGCCCGAUUUGCCCACUCCUAAUGUCGCAUUCCACUAAGAGCAUCCAGUUUCUAUGAUUACAGAUAUGGGUCUAUGGUUCUACUGUAGUGGUUUAACGUGUGUGUUUAUGUUCUUCAGAAUGUAUUGUUCAUCAAGCUCGAUUAAGAAUCAGAUGGUAUAUUUACUUU